GCCUAAUAUUCCCAAUUCUUGCUGGCUUCGUCGCAACACGCUCGUUUUCCUUGACAUUCGCUUUUUUCUUUUUACGAGUUGCCUCCCUACAUCGAGACUUUUGUCCUUAAUGACGGCACCGAUUUAAUUCAAUCAAUACACACAAUUACGAAACAGUCUCAGAAAUUCUUCUCUUUCAGAAUACUUCUCGCUCACAACGCCAUCAACCUGCCCGAGACGCGACAGUUUUGCCGAGAAGCCUAACUCUUGUUAAGACGCCACCUGUUAUUCAGAAUACCUGGUCAAGAAUAUGAUGCUUUUAUGAACCAAUCGCCUAUCUUUUCGCGGUACCACACGAUUGCCUUCAAAUCAACAAGUUGCAGGGUUUCGUUUUUCUCGACACAAGAUUCAUAAUGGUUUCGAAAUCUAAGGCCACAAUACGCGCUCCCAGGCAUCAUGUGUCGCGUGUCCAAGGCUUGGUUAUGUGCAUGAUUGCCUCGGCACCUCUUGCCAUGGCACAAGACCAACCCGCCUGUAUUCAGCUAACGGGUUCCACUACAUGUCCAGCAUUUAGCUCUGCAUAUGUGUCAACAAACAGAAAUGUGACAGACCUAUUUUCCUUUCUCACUGUUGUCCAUGAUGUUGAUACAUUCGAUUCACAGUUGAAUCAGUAUAUCACAGGCGAAUGGCGGAGGCGACAAUACCAGACGUUGCUUGGCUGUGGAGCGGUUGACCUAUCAGAUGAUGAUCUCUAUGCACGCUUCAGCAUAUCCGUUCUCUGCAAUGGUAUUGUCCAGAACUCAAUACCAUACUGUGAUAUGUCGGAUGAUGCGAGGCGGCCGCUGUGUGCUUCUGACUGUGCCGACUAUGCCCAAAGUGAGGAAUAUAUUGUUGCUAGCUCGAAUCUUUGUCCAACGCCAGGAGACAACGCCCAGGCACAGAUUCGAUCAGACUUCGAGGUCUGUGCUUUGCCAGCUGACGCGUUGUCAUCUAGUAGCUGUGUACAAGCUUCCCGCAACGAACCAGACAAUUGUGGCUAUGGAGAGAGCACUUUUGGACUUUGUUCAUACUGUUCCUCCGGGGGUAUCAAUUCGACAGACACGUGUUGUUAUAAUUCCAAUGCUGAGCAAAGAUGCGCAGGUGUCGUUUUGCCAACCAUAAUACCGCAGAAUUUCACCUCUGCAACUCCGACAGCCACGAGUAGCCCAACCAGCACAGCCAUUCCUGGGGAAUCAACUGAAAGGAGUGGACUCUCCGGUGGUGCAAUUGCCGGCAUUGUUGUAGGAUCGGUAGUAGGCUUGUUACUUCUAGCACUCUUACUAUUUUUCUGCCUUCGACAUGCGCGUCGAAAGCGAGAGAGUGAGAAGGAAAACAUUUUCAAUCAACCAUCGCCCUCUAGGAAAGGUCCCCCCAGUCAGGGCGCCCCGACUACACCGCCACAAGGAUACGAAGUGCUUCCUGGUGGCAGAAUAGCGCGCAUGUCCGCCUUAGAAGGGCACUCAGGUGGCUCACCUUCACGACGAGGUGGUUCGCAACAUGGCAGUUCCUCAGGCGCCGCUGCUGUGGGUGCGGCCGCCGCAGGUGCUGCUGCCGGAUCCCUUGCUGGAAGGAGAAGGGCUGAAAAUCAAUCGUCAUCCGAUUCUUUUGCGGAGAGCUCUGGGCCAGACGCUCGUGCUGCUGGUGUUCUACGCCCACCACCCACUAAUAUCCGUAGACAGGGCUCACUGUCGAGCAGUUCUGUUUUGGCAGGCGAAGACCCUCAAUCUCCGACUAGUGCAGGAGGGAUGUCUUCGCCUCAGGGUGUUAAUAGUCAACAGUCAGAGCAGCUUCCAUUUUUUAAGGACUACUACUCACGAGACGAUAUCCACCCAGGAGAUCGGGUUUCCGUGCUCUGGGCCUAUCAGCCUCGUGCGAACGACGAGUUCUCACUAGAACGUGGUGAUAUGCUAAAAGUGGUAGGCAUCUGGGAUGAUGGGUGGGCCACUGGUGUUAUGCUGGAUGAGCGAGCCGAAGAUUGGGAUGCGAAGCGGCAGAUGCAAAGAGAUAGUGGUGUCUCAAAUGCCUCCGGUCGUGCACGCGAUCCAUCACCUGUCGUCAAUGGUGAGAUUAAAGCAUUCCCCUUGGUUUGUGUCUGUCUUCCAGACCAUUGGCGAAAAACCAUUGAGGGAGAUGGAUCCACCGAAACUGGAUCAAGUGCUCACCAAGGGAGCCAUCACACGUGAUCAAGUAAAACCCAAGUAAAACUUGGAUUAACGCUCAUCACAAGACUCCUGAAGGAACCUUGGGUUGCAUUUCUCUGGCGUUCGGGUCUCACACGAAGGCAUGCCAUUCCGAGUUGAUCCCUGAUGAUAAGAGAUCGUCCCUUUUUUGGCGCGGCUGAACACGAAGGAACGUUAAGCUGACACU